CGACAACUUUAGAACAGGAAGCCUGCACGAGCGCUUGUCACUUCUUUUCAUCUUAUAAGAAGGAGCUCGGUUAACCAGCGUUGGCCCGACAUACGAAAGCAUGGAUUAUGAAGACGCCCAUAACGGGCGUGGGCCGUGCGGUGCUCAGAGUUCUAAUAAAGCCAUGAGUAUAAUUGGAGCAGAGGAUGAAGACUUUGAGAAUGAUGAGCAACCUAUGGUGGAUGAUCACUGCAGUCACUUUACAAGUAUUGAACUGUUGAAGAACAGACCCACCCACUUGCUGGUCUUCCUCCACCAUGUCAUGUUGCAGUUCGACUGUGCUCCAGUACUGUGCUACCUUUAUGCUGACCUCUUCAAGAACUUCAACGCCAAAGACACCAAGAAACACUUUGGAGAAUUCUGCAGCACUUUUCUGGAUAAAGGAGCGAUUCUCAGAGUAACCGUGCCAAACCACAUAGCCGCUGACUUUGAUCGCACACGGUCAGAAAUGAUCAGUGAAGAUCUACAGAAGCAUUAUGUUUAUGAAGUUCAGCUUCUGCAGGCUCCAGAGGUACUGCGACAGCUGGAAGACUUCAGGCAAAAGAGGAUGAUGGGAAUGACUCCUAAUGAGCGUGAGUUAACUGAUGUGGAGUCCCAUCGCCCCACUGACCGUAUCCCUAUGGAGAUGAAGGAAAAGGCGGUAGCUGAAGGCUUGUUGGAAAGGAUGGUUGAGGCAAACCCCUCAAUUGUUGCAGACAAGGACAAAAGUAACUCCAUCUUUGGAGCAGUGGCCUUCUAUAUGAAGCACCUUGGAGUCAAGACUAGAGCACUUGACAACAAGAAAACGAGAUCUGGAUGGCGGCCUUCUGUACCCUCUGUGUUGAAGCCAUGGGGAGGUGGAAAAGCCAAACCCCCUAUACAUGAUAAGCCUAGAUUGGACAUUGAAGUUAAGCCCAAACAGAACCCAGCUCCACGUAUGCCAGAAAAUGAAAGAUGCAGCAAUGCCGGCCGAAAGCCCAGUACAGUUUUGCCUGGCACCAUUCACGUCUCAGAGAGCAACGAAUCGCCCCCCAUCAUUGUUAGUGUGACUCCCAGCCCUGACUCCCAAAAUGAGAUCGGUGUCAACAGCAGUCGCUUUGAACCCAAACCAGUGUCAGAUGGGGGAGACGUGUCUCCUGUCAGCCCUGGUGCAGGUCUCACCAUCAAUGAACCUCCUUCUUUUGUCGACAGUCUUGAGGAGGACAAUAAGGACAGUGUCAAGAACGUACGCCGCAGUGAGAGCCUUUGCGUGGAGCGCCGUCACUCUCGCCGUAGUGGCUCCACCCGAGCCAAGCAGUCUCGCUCCCGUAGCGACGUGGACCUGCAGUCGACUGCCACAUCCCACCCCCCCUCACCCUCCUCACAGCUCUCUGUGGACAGUGGAUUGCCAUCUGAAGUGUCCCUGUCUGACUCCACGUUUGGCCCCACUCAGCAGGAAGAGUUAGAGCCACGCCUUCAGGAGCUGGACCAGGAUCCACCCAACUGGAGGGAACUUGCUGACAGUGACAUCUUGAACAAACUGAGCAAGAAGGAGAUCAAAAGACAGGAAAUCAUAAAUGAGUUGUUUGGGACAGAGCACGCUCAUGUUCGUAUGUUGAGCGUAUUGCAGACCGUGUUUUAUCGUCCACUGGAGAGGGAAGAGAUCAUGCAGAUAGCAGAAGUGGAAGCCAUCUUCCCUAACCUUGAUGAGAUCUUCGAUAUGCACUAUGCCUUCUUUGAGAACCUGAAAACAUUGCGUGAGGAAGACGGUUACAUUGUCAAAAACCUUAGCAAGCCACUUCUGAAUCGGUUCAGUGGCUCAGAAGGAGAGUGGUUUCAAAAGCUCACCGCACGUUUUUGUAGUCACCAAUCAUGGGCUCUGGAUCAGAUAAAGAGCAGACAGAAGAAAGAUGUCCGUUUUAAUGCGUUCAUACUGGAAGCAGAGAGUAAACCACAGUGUAGGAGACUACAGCUGAAGGAUAUCAUCCCCAUUGAGAUGCAAAGACUAACUAAGUAUCCUCUUCUGCUGGAGAACAUUGCCAAGAAUACAGAGGAUGACGUAGAAAAAUCAAACAUAACCCAAGCCGCAGAGUGUUGUCGCAGAAUCCUCAACCACGUCAAUGAAGAAGUUAAACUCAUGGAGAACAUGCUGAUUUUGAAGGAGUACCAGCGCAGACUGGACACCUCAGGUCUGAAGCCAAGCAAUGAUCUCUACACUGAGUACAAGACCAUUGAUCUGUCCACUAGGACGAUGCUGUUCGAAGGACCUUUGACAUGGAGGCUGACCAAGGAGAAAGCAAUCGAUGUUCACUGUGUACUGCUGUCGGACCUGAUGGUGUUGCUACAGAAACAGGAUGAUAAGAUGGUUUUAAAGUGUCAGAGCAAAAGCAACAUCGCCGUUCAGGAGGGCAAACAGAUGUUGAGUCCGAUCAUCAAACUGCAGUCGGUUUUUCUCAGAGAUGUGGCCACUGACCCAAAGGCCCUCUACGUCAUUUUCACCUGGGACAGCGGAGCACAGAUCUACGAGCUUGUGGCUCAAUCCAUUGGGGAUAGGAAAAAUUGGACAGAGGUGAUUAAGUCUACAGUUGAUGAGCUGAAGAAGAGAGGAGGGAAUAAGCUGGACAGAAACAGAGCUGGCAGUAUGCCCAGCAGCGCCAUUGGAUACGGGCCAUUAUUCCCUCCCCCUCAAAGCCCCACUGAGAACGGUGCAGAAUUGAAAAGUCGCAGCGCCCGAUACAAAUCCCCCUUUACUGAUGAGAAGCCUAGCAAUCCUGAACCUUCACUCAUAGACUUCCUAGCUACCAAUGGCUUCGACCUGCUCAGCCACAGCCAGACCUCCCAAGAAAAAACAGCUAGUGGGGCUUUGGACGAAGUCAUGUAUUUGAAGAGACUAUUGGUCAAGAGCAUCAACCUAUCAGAUGACUCCCAGACUGUUGGAGAGAAUGGAGGGGCAGAGCCUGAAAGCCAGGAGGCAGAUGGCUGUCAAUCAACAGUAGAGGAAUCCAGUAUGGAUAUCAAAACUGAAGGAGAGGAGGGUGGAGGAGAUGGAAGCUGUAAAGGAGAAGAAAGCGUGAUCAGCGCUCCUCUGGUGCUCUCUCAGGAGCGCAUGGAGGACGUGCAGAGGAGACUGCAGGUUCUCGAGGAACAGAUAAAGAAACUUCAGACAAUUGAGGAGGAGCAUCAUAAAUUGCAAGAAGUCCUUGCCAAGUAUUCACUUCAGGGGGGCCAUUACUAAGAACCAACACAACCUGCUGUUACAGAUCACUGUGUGCUGGACUUUAGCCUUUUGGAGGUUUUGACAAUUGACUCAUUCUGCCUGAAUGUUUCCGCGGUUUUCUCGUCUCAGCUGUCCUUUCAGAAGAUUAACAGCAAGCCUCGGGCAGUUUCCACGUCAUUGAGAAAUAAAAUGGCAAGGGGUAUUGUGAAAUUACAGUGAUUCUUGAGCAUGAAUGCUUUUGUGUGACUCUAUUAAGAGGAAUGAGAGUGACAGUCUAGCCAAAUGAUGCCAAAGAAAUGUGCAACAUCUAGAGAGAGAUCAAAGUAAAAACCUAAACUAAGUUAAACCUGUCAAAGCAUGUCAAAAGUAGUUUAGUGCCAAGAGACUGUUUUUAAUCAAAUAUAGUUGCAUCUCAAUAAAUUCAAAGCCUAAUGCUGAGACAGUAGUUAUUGAGUCAGGUUUUAUAUCA